UAUGUUUGGUUUUCAUUUUCAUCGGUUGAUUUUUGUUUUUGUUUUGUUUUGUUUUCCAUUUUAAUUGUUUUGGAUUGUUGAUUAACUAAUUGUUCAUCUAAAUGGCAUCUUUCUUGAAAUCACAGGAGGAAGUUAAGGAAUUCAUUGACAAUUUAGGAAUAGAAUAUAAAUUCUCAUGUCUUUCUGAAAAAGAUCCUGAAGGCUGUUUUCUUCUUGGUCAAUGGUUUGAACAAGAGCAAUUUGAUUUCAAACGGUCAAUUGAUGCCUACAAAAAAGGAUGUGAUGAAUUAAAUUACUCAAAGUGUUGUGAUCGAGUAGGAGCAUUUUAUUAUUUAGGUAAAUCGGUCGAGAAAAAUGUUUCCAAAUCAAUGGAUUACUGGAUGAAAGGCUGUUAUGAUACUAAAGGAUUAACACCCAGAGAUCCUACUUUAUCCUGUUUUCAUGGAGGUGGUUUAUUAACUGGUUCAUUACCGGGUGAUGAUUCAGUUAAACCCAAUCCUGGCAAAGGAAUUGAGAUGUUGAAAAAGGCUUGUGAACUGAGACUUCCGGAAGCUUGUGAAUCUUUACAUGAGUUAUUCCUAUUCGGUAAUGAUCAUGUUCCCAAAGAUGCUAAGAAAGCUCUUGAAUUCGGGUUAAUUGGCUGCGAAUAUUCAAAUUACCAGUGUUGCCAUAAUUCUUAUAUGAUGUUGAAGAAAGGAGAUGGAGUGGAAAAAGAUCCGGUCAAAGCCAAGGAAUUGCAAAAGAAAAUGAAAGAAAUUGAUUUUCAAAGUUCAAAGGAAAUGAAAUUCAGUCAAUAUACAUAAGAUUAUUUUCCAUCUAAUUUCUCCUUUAAUUUAGUAAAAGUAAUUAAUUCGAGACCAAUAA